CGUCACUUCCUGGAUGUGAGAAACCAAAAUGACAGCUGAUUUGUUUUCUUCAACAAGAAGAAAAUAAAGUCGAUAUUUAAGCACGGAGGGUCACCUGCCAAUCUGGAGCAAGCCCCGUUUGAAAAGAAACAAGAUACAUUAAGUGGUCACUGUGGUUAAAGAACGGUCUCUUUAGUGGAGAUUCCAGGACUGAAAUGAUCAAAAUCAUUCUGGUGAAGGUGUAUGGAGUUUUAAAACACAGUGGAGCACUUCCUGUAUUACCACAUGACAUCACAAGGUGUAACAGAAUGUUUUCUGUUUGAAAAAAAGAACUCACAAAACAAUGAUGAAACAAAACACAACUCCAGAGCUUCGGGGCAGAGCCAUGGAGUCACUUGAAGACACAGAUGGCCGCUCUUUUGUGGAGGUGAUCAUUGAAAAGUACAGCCCUGAGAACUUUCCUUAUCGCAGGGGUCCUGGGAUGGGAGUGGUCAUGAUAACCACACCUCAAGGCUCUCCCAUGAAAGACCGCCUUAACUUGCCAAGUGUGCUGGUGCUGAACGGCUGUGGCAUCAGUCGAGCCGGAGACCAAACCGAGAUUGCUGCUUUCUGCGCUCAUGUGAUGGAGCUGGACCUGUCUCACAAUAAUCUGCAGGACUGGCAUGAGAUCAGUAAAAUAGUAUCCAACAUCCCCAACCUGGACUUCCUGAACUUGAGCUCCAACCCUUUGGCGGGAGUCCCUCUGGACCCUCAGUGCGUCGAGGCCUUCGCGGGUGUCCGGCGACUCGUGCUCAAUAACACCCGGGUCUCUUGGGACACUGUGCUGCAGCUCACGCAGGAGCUGCCUGACUUGGAAGAGUUGUUCCUGUGCCUUAACGAGUACAGCCGUGUGCAUGCCCCCCGUGUCCCCUGCCCCUCCCUGCGCCUGCUCCACAUCACCGAUAACAGCCUCCAUGACUGGGCCGAGGUCCGAAAGAUUGGCUCCAUGUUCCCCAGCCUGGACACGCUGGUCAUGGCCAACAACAAUUUAGCCUCAAUUCAGGACAACAAAGAGAUUCUCCAACGGCUUUUCCCAAAUUUACGCAGCAUCAACCUGCACAACUCAGGUCUAAACCAGUGGGAGGACAUAGAAAAACUGAAUUUCUUCCCAAAGCUGGAGGAGGUUCGGCUGCAGGGAAUUCCUUUAUUACAAACCUACACCAACGCAGAGCGACGUAGCCUUAUGAUUGCACAGUUGCCUGCUAUUUCAACACUAAACGGCAGUGUGGUCAGUGACAGUGAGAGAGAGGAUGCAGAGAGAUUCUUUAUUCGUUACUAUGUGGACUGCCCUGAGGAAGAGCUCCCCUGCAGAUACCAUUGUCUGGUCACUAAGUACGGAAAGCUGGAGCCGCUUGCUGAGGUUGACCUUCGACCCCGCUGUCGUGCUCAGGUGGAGGUGCACUGUGACGAGAAGGUGGAGCAGCUGAACAUCCGUUUGGACCAGACAGUGGCAGAGUUGAAGAAGCAGCUCACCACAGUGGUACAGCUCUCUGCAAACAACAUGAGACUUUACUACAUCGACAAGGGCAUGCCCUUCGGUCCAGAGGAAAUGAAGUACAACACACGGGCCCUACACUCCUACAGCAUCCAGGACGGAGAUGAGAUCCUCGUCGUGCCCAAAAAGAAGUAAAUUUAGGUAUUUUUGACCAGACUGAGAAGAAAAUCUACUGGAUUAUAAUAAUAUUACUGAUGAGGAUAACCUAGCAGCAGCAACGGGCUAUUUUUAAACAAAGAUGUAAUUGACAAAGACACUGCCUGGAAAAGCAAUCUGGACAGUGUUUAGGCUUAGAUUGAUUUAUGUGCACCAAGUUGGACACUCAAUAAUGGCUUAAAAUGGCUCGGUGAAUUUCCGCUUUGUAGUUGCCACCACAUACAAUUGCACAUGUAGAGGAAAGAGGGUUUUCAAGAGUUAUAAUAAACAACUUCUCUAGGUUGUACAGCAAAGAUAAAAAUCAAUAAAGAGGUGAGAAUCUCAUGUAGAAAUAAAAAGUAAUGACCCUUAUAAUUACUGAAGUAAGAGUAAAAAGUAUAUGGAGAAUCUUCUACUUGAAUACUUAAUGACGGUUUGGAUGUAAAAUGUAUUUAAAAUCUGGUUUGUGAUUUAUGAGGUAAUGUAAUUGGACAGAGAAAACAUUUUAAUACACAGAUUCUGCUAUUUCCAAAGAAUUUAACAGAAUUUAAAGAAUUGUCAACAUAAAGUUUUCUAGAGUGAUGCGUGGUGGAGUAACCAAAACUAUUUUCAUCAUGUAAGAGAACUGUAACUUCAAACUAAAUAUUUCUCAAGUAGAACGUAUGGUAUUAUAAAACUCUGUAAAGUAAAAUUUUGAACAGAGACAAUGUAACAGAGUACUACCCACCUCUGGAAAAAGGCAUAAAACAAAGUAAUCCCAGCAGCAGGUUCAUUAUAAUACCUAAGGUCUCUAUAUAAAGUUAUAAGGCUCUCUGACUGUCUAAAAAUCUACCAUACUGUGUUGCACUAGUCACAUAUGCAGAGAUGUACAAUGUAUUCAUUCACACAUGCCCUCGCAGCGGCUGUUCUUUGUGUGCUGCCCCCUACUGGCGUCUUUCCUGCUACUGCGCACUGCCACCUGCCACAGAGCUCCACCUGAACUGAGAAGUGGUGACGCAAACGCCCAAACAAACCGCACACGCCGCGGGAGACUGAAAGACAAUCUCUCUGUAAUGUACACGCAAGUGCAGGUUUCCAUUCAUUGUCUGCUCCUUUGCUUGUUAAUGAUGUGCUAUAAGCUGUUUUUUUCACAGUUUCUCAUAUAAAAUGUGUUUUCUUAUAUCAUAGAAUUUAAAUAUUUCUAUAUAGUGGCAAACUACUGACCAAAAAUAAUUCAAAACACCUUUUUGUUAAUGAGCUACUUCUCCUGCACAAAUAUUAAAGCAGACCUAUUAUGCAAAAUUGACUUUUCAGAGCUUUUAACUUGCUAUAAUUAUUCCCCCUUCUCAUUUACCCUCUUGAAGUUGUAUUUGGAGUGAUUCAUGCAUGUUUAAGCAAUCUUUAAUCACUUAUUUUCAAAAUGCCAUAUUCCAGACAUACGCCCACUGCUCUGUACUUCAUUCUCCAAUUUUAUUUUAUUUUCAGUAGCGUUUGUGGUCAUUUUGGUAUCAUUGAAAAAAAUCUGCUCUUAUUGGGCACUGCAGUUUUUGCAGAAGUCAGCAGACUUGUUUCUUUUAGUCAUUUUAGAUGAAUAUUGCCAUUUAAAAUGUGUAAAUUAUAACAUAAUGAUUCAUGGUUAUCGUAGAUUAUUACUACAUAGCAAGGUCAAGCACAGUGGGUCUUCUUUAAAGGUACUCUAGGUAAGUUUUCUGGUGAGGGGAGCCUGCCUGUCACCUACUUAUCACCAUGGAGAUGUUAUUGCUCUGCCGAGAAUGUUCCACAGUAUAGCUCAGUUCAACUCAACCCUACAGAUCUGACCUGUAACUUGAGUUGUCUGUCUACUGCUUGCCUCUUUGGAGAUAACAUUAAUAACAUACAUAACAUACAUUAUUGCUGUUCUGUAGAGGAUUCUCUGCAAAUUAAUAACAUCUCCAAGGAAACAAAGAGGUGGCAGACUGUCCACUAGAAAUGCAUAAUGCAGCUUUAAGCAUCAUUAAAAAAAGUAAGACCACGUUAGUUUAUUGCAUUAUAAUGUAGAAAAAGCAUCCAUGUGAUUUUAUUCUGUACUGUACCAGACUUGCCUGGAUUAUUGAUUUUCUUUUAGCACAGCACAGAGGAGAGGGUUCCUAACUGUCUUACCACGAUGGAAACUAACAGCCAAUAGGUCAGUCCACAAAAUUAAAUAUUCACAGAGCUGCUUGGAAAUCACUGAGCUAUCUUUAGACUGUAUACAAACAAAAUCUCUUUUGAUUUUAAGCUGCAUAUGCAAAGUUAUUUUUUGUAUUACUUUGUGUUGAGUGGAGGAUAGGGCAUUAUAUUAAAAGUGUAAUACUUAUUAAUGAUAGAAAAUGCAAAGAUAGUAGCAGUUUGUGCAAUUUGUGUCUUAUCGGAAAAAAUACUGCAUGAAACUGCUGGAAAAAAACGAGAGCAUCGAUAUUUGGCGUGAAGUAAAAUCAGAGGGUUAGACCAAGAUUGAUGUUUUUAAGAUGCAAUUAAAAUUGUGAAAAAUUAGGUUAUGUUUACUUAGGUGCAAAGAAGGAAUAGCCAAUAUAUCGUGUUUGAUAAAAUAUUAAUCUAAUUGUUCUUGUUUCACAAUUAAUCUACUCUAACUUUUUGUAUCUUUAUAGAUUUUAAGAAGUAAAUAAAACCAUUUCCUUCUUCUGAAAGCUCACACACUGCACUGUGAUUGGUUCAAUUCUCCUGUUACUCAAUUCGAGCCUAACAGAGGUUGACCAAUAGGAGUGGAGUGGGUGAGAAAACAGAUUUGAGGAUAGAUUUGCAUUAACAGAAAAGCACUAAAUCUUGAUAUGACCAUAAAAAAGGUAAAUAAACCAGAUUGUACUUUUAAUUUCUAUCUUCAUAUCGUCCAGAUGAGGGCUAGUGGGAGACCAAAGAGGAGAAUUAUGGGUUUAGUGAAAGAGGACUCAAGAAGCUCAAGAAGAUUUUAUAUAAACAGAUAAACACACUUUGAAAUGUUUUAUUUUUAGGUUAUAAUCAAAUACAUAUGAAAAGAAAAUGACUAUGUACAAAAAUCUGUUUUUGAAGAUUUGGGAUUAUGUUAGUUCAUGUUUGUCCUUAUUAGUCUUAUAGAGGUCUUAUACAUUUAUAACUACCAUAUAUCUAACUAUCACACUUAGUGUAUCACUACUGAAAUACUUGAAUAAUAUAUUUAUUACAGUUUAAUAUAUGGGCACUACAGAUUUAAAGUAUUUAGUGCACAGUUGGUUACCUGAAAGUAUUAUAAAAGUGUGACACAUUUGUCUGCAUUAUACCACUGUUGUUUUUAUUGUAGCAUGAAGCAGUCACCACAACCAACCAGCCAAUAACAUCCUGUCUGGAGUCUGGACCAGUUGUAUUGUCUAAUCUGCUGAGGACGUGUUAGGAGUGAAAAUGUAUUGUGUGUCAGUGUAGAGACUGUGUGAAUAUGCAUGUUGUUUGUUUAGUUUAAAGCUGCACUGCGUAGUAUUUCUAGUGGAGGGUCCAUCACUCGCUUAUCUCCAUGGAAAUGUUAUUGUUUUUUCUAGAAUGUUCCACAGUAUAAGUUAAACCCAUCUAUCACCAGGGAGACAAGCAAGUUACAGCUUUACUGUACAUUAUCAUUCAGAUCUGUAGACAGUCUCUCCUAUACACAGAGGAAUUCUAUUGCUAGAUGAAUAUCUUUAAUGUCUUACCAUGGAACAUUCCAGGCAAAGAACAAACAUCACCAUGGAGACAUGCAGAAAGGGGACCCUCCACCAGAAAAGUUGCGCAGUGCACCUUAAUUUUAUUCCUUCCUGUGGUUGGUGUUUUUAAUUGAAAAGUUUUGCUAGAAUUAUGAAAGUUACAUAUUUGAAGUAUGUAUGUAAGAUUGCUGCUUUUUCUCAAUUGUUAACUAAUUACAAAUCUUGAAAUUUAGGUUAAAAUCCCAAUUGAGAGUAUCCUGAAAUAGCAUAGCUUUCAGGAUUUCAUGCCAAUGACAUUGAUAUUACUAAAAGAGUAUUGUGUGAAUAACUGGAAACAAGUCAUGCGGUGUUUAUUUAAAAUUAUUCUGACUGAAUGAGAAAACAACUGAUGAUUAGAUGUUUUACAGGUUUUAUUUUUAAAUUUGUCGUACAGAGGAAUAUAAUUUUUUUGCUGUUGUAGCAUUGUGCAAAGAGAGAAUUGUCCUGUUAUUGUUUAUUAUUGCUGAAAUCUCCCUCAUAUCUCAUACCUAGCCCAAAGCACAUUGUUUUAAAGCACCAUGUAGAAUCAAUAGCAAUUACCUGCCACUAAAACUUAAUUGCCUCACUUGCCUAAAAUGUCUUGUAUGAGUGCACAAAUGGUUAUAACCUUGGUCAUUUUCUAACACCACUCACCAGUACCUAAGCUAAUCAGUCCACUCAAUAACAUGUCACAUCCAUUCAAGUGUAACUGAAUUGUCUGUUUUGAGAGUAUGAGACGAGAUAAUAAAAGAAUCAGAAUCAA